AUGGUAGAUUUCAGACCAAGGUUACUUGUAUUAUCUGCUGACAGUAAAACCAAUAAAUUAAUUACGAAGAAUACUCGUGUAUCAAGAGCAUGUUUGAUCUGCAGAAAGAAGAAACGGAAAUGUAAUGGUUUAAAUCCCUGUGAUUUUUGUAGGAGAUAUUCUUUUAACUGUGCUUAUAGUGAUAAAAAAUUUUCAGAGAUAAGUAAUGACGAAAUCAAAGCUUUAAAAAAGAAAAAAGAUAAUGAAAUCAAAUCUAAUGAAAAAUUAAUUCUUCAAGGAUCUUCAACAAAUUUUGAUGAACAUAAUGAUAUUGAUGAUUAUUCAGAUUUUGAUUAUAAAAAUAUUGUUCAAUUAUUGAUACCAAAAAAAGUUUUAGAAAAGAUAAAAGAUGAUAAUCAAUCUUUUGAAGAUAGAAAUACAUUUAUGAUUAAUUUAAUUAAAAAAAAUAUUAAUAAAGAGAAAUUAUUACUAAAUUUAAAUUUUUUUAAUGAUUCAAAUAGAAUUUCAUUACCACCAAGAGAUAUUGCAAUUAAGUUAAUUUUAAAUAGUUGGAAUUAUUCAGGUGUUUUAUUUCGAUUUUAUCAUCGUCCAACUUUGAUUAAUAUAUUAGAUUCAUUAUAUGAAAGUAAUGGAUACCCGAAAAAUAAUGAAGAAUUACAAGCACAAUCUUUAAUAUAUGCAAUCUUAGCAGUUGGUGCACUUUUUUCAAAGGAUGAAAUUAAUGAAAAUGAUGAUAAAAGAGAUAGAGAAUUUUAUAAUGACGAAGGAUUAAAAUUUUUUAAUAAAGCAAGAGAUACAAUUAAUUUUAAAGAAAUUUCAGAUAUUUAUUCAAUUCAAGCUUUAUUUAUGUUAACGAUGUUUCUUCAAUGUUCAGCAAAUUUAAAAUCAUGUUAUUAUUAUAUCGGAAUUGCUAAAAGAUUGGCGCUUCGUGAACGUUUACAUCGUAAAUCAUCCUUAAUUGGUCCAACGAUGAUUGAAGAUGAAUCAAAGAAAAGGUUAUUUUGGUCAAUUUAUAAAGUUGAUAUUUAUUUAAAUUGUAUCUUAGGAUUACCAUGUAGUAUGCCAGAAAAUAAUGUUGAUCAAGAAUUUCCAUUAGAUAUUGAUGAUGAAAAGAUAACUUCAGUAACCAAAUUAAAUGAUUUUACAAAGACUUUAAAUAAUCCAUUAAGAGUAAUAAGUUCAUGUGGUAUGAAUAAUGAACAUACAAAAUUAAUAUUAAUAAUGUUAAAUAUUUAUGAAAGACUUUAUCCAUUAAAUUUAGAAAUUUUAAAUGUUAAACAAUUCGAAAUUUUAAAAUUUGAAAAAAAAUUAAUUAAUUGGCAUAAAAAUUUACCACUACCAUUAUCAUUAGGUUAUAAUUAUAAUACAAUUGAAGAACGUGAUCAUUAUUUAAAACCAAGCAAAUUAUUACAAUUAGAUUAUUUAUUAACAAAAUUAAUACUUUAUAAACCAUUUUUCCAUUUUAUUAGUAUUGAUUUAACAAAUUUAACAUCAAUGAAUUAUUCGAAUAAAAGAGAUUUAAAAUUCCAAGUUUCAAUGGCACAAAGAUGUAUUGAUGUAUCUGAAGAAAUCAUUGAAUUAGCCACUACAAUGAUUGAUGAAGAUAUAAUUAAUGGAUCAUACUGGUUUUCAAUUCAUACAAUAUUUCAUAGUGUUGCAUGUUUAACUGUCUAUAGACAUAUUUUACAAACAAGAGAUCAACAAGAAGAAAAUAAAAUUAAAGAAAAUGAAGUUGAAAAAUAUUAUCAAUUAGGUUAUAAUGUUUUAGUUAAAUUAAAGAGCAAUUCAAUUGCAAGUGAAAGAAUUUAUAAUGUAUUAAAUGAAAUUUUUGAAGAAUUUGAUAGUCAAAUGAUUAAAUUAUCCAGACAAGCCUUAUUUACAUUGACAAAUGGAUUUGAUUCAUAUCAUUCAAUGAUUGAUAUGAAUUCAACCAAUUCAAUAAUUGCAUCAACUUCAUCAUCAAAUAAUAGUAAUAAUUUAUUAUCAAAUAAUACUAAUAACAACAAUGAGCAUUCAAUUGAAGAAUCGAAUUCAUUAUUUAAUUUAGAUGAUCAAGCAAUUUAUGAUGAAUUUUUAUUUGAUCCACAGAUUUCAUUAGAAAAAUUAUUAGAAGAGUUAGGUAAUUAA